UGUAGACCAUCGGGGAUCUCAGUACAAAACCACCCUCAGAGCUGGUGUUAUCGCAGUAUACACGAAUUCUUCUCGCGACUCGGCCAAUACACCAUUAACAAGUUUCUCGAUAAAAACUUUUGCUAGAAGCAAAAUUAUUUUCAACGAUAAAGAUAUUUUCAUCAAGUUCAUUAAAACUUGCUGGCAGUUCCCGAUUUUGAAUUUACCGUGAUUGUAUUAACGCAUCAUUAUAAAAGAAAAACCGCCCUUAUAAAACUGUUUUAACAACGAUUGACGAUCGAGAAUUUAAAACGGAACAUGUGAAAUUGUUUUUUUAAAAAAUUGUGUGCAUCGUGAUUAUUAUAUGACGGAAUAGUUCAACAAGCGACCCGUCGCACCCCCGUCAGCUAAAGGGAACUACAUAUCGCGCUACAAACUUUAGUUUGUCAAGUUCAAGCGUUUGGCGGUAAGCGGCCGAAUAUACGAAACGUGAAGCGUGAUGUUACCUAUAAAAACUACAAUAAUUGUUAUUUUAAAUUACUUAAAUAUUUAUCACAAUGUUCAGUGCAGUGUACUUCGGUUUAAUCAGAUUACAGAAUUCUUGGGAAUUUAAUAGAAACUCAACUUUAGAUAUGUAUUAUGGAAUUAAUCAAGAAGGCCAAAGGUAAAAAAGAUUGAUAACGCAAAUAUCAUACUAAAUAUACAAAAUCAACGUCAAUGUUUUAAUAAAAUAAAUGACAUUUGGAUAAUGUACGACGCAGAAAAUGUGCAACUAAAAUCACAAAGUAUGUAUGACGACAAUUAAACAAAGAAAGUUAUGAAGCCAACAUUUAUUCAUGCACUUUUAAUAAUUUGAACAACAAAAUUGAACGGAAUUGAGAAAGCGAAAUAUUAUGUUAACACGUUCAUGCGAAACGUAUGGGCAAAUUUUAAGAAAAAUUACUCGUCAUCUCGGGAUCUUUUGAUUUUUGAAGUUUCUCACAGAACUUGACUGAAAACUCGUAAAAGUUAAUGACGUGAAAGAACGACAAGCGAUGCACCAGCGAAUCACCAAUUGCGGACGCUCGAUGUCAUUCGGUGGCGGAAAUGAACGUCGCGGGAAAAAGGGAUGUUCUCGGUAUCCCCGACAUAGGCAGGGGUCGCGGGAUCCUUACGACGAGGCUAGGAUCCCAUUAAAGCAAUCCGCAAGUUUAUUAUCACUGUAAUAUAUGUGUUACGUAUAGUUCCUAUCUCGGCUCGGCUGACUUGACAAGUUUGCCGCGACGUAGCCGGAAGAUCCAUAAAUCGAAUCCCAGAUCGCAGGUCGAUCUUGAGCGAGGAUGGAGUCGGCAGUCGCGAAUCUUGCAAAUUUGAGCAAUGCACUUGCCAACUGCAGCGGAGAAGCCUGUGAUGGAAUCAAAUUCGACUUCGAUCGCGAACUGGUGGGGAAGAUCCUUAUGGUGGUAGUACCAUUGUUCUUCGGCAUGAUCGGCAUUCUUGGUCUCGCUGGGAAUUCACUGGUGGUCGUAGUAGUGGCGGCCAAUCCUGAAAUGAGGUCAACCACGAACAUCCUCAUCAUCAACCUCGCCGUGGCGGAUCUGCUGUUCAUCGUAUUUUGUAUACCGUUCACGGCUACUGAUUUCGUGAUGCCAUGGCCGUUCGGCAAUAUAUGGUGCAAGAUUGUUCAAUAUCUGAUCAUCGUCACUGCCUAUGCGAGCGUUUACACCCUGGUCCUCAUGAGCCUCGACAGGUUCCUAGCGGUGGUCCAUCCGAUCGCCUCGAUGUCUUGGAGAACAAAAGAUCACGCUGUGCUGGCAAUUUGCAUCGCGUGGGCGGUAAUCUUGAUAUUUUCUACGCCUGCACUCAUGAUUCACGGUGAGAUUCGCUACGUGUUUCAGGUGAACGAUGUGGCGGAAAACUUGACAGCCUGCCGGAUCUUACCGCAGUACGAAUGGUCCCACUUCCAGGUGCCCUUUUUUGUAACAAGCUAUGUGUUACCCCUCACACUGAUAUGCAUGUUUUACAUGUGCAUGUUGAACAGACUGUGGCGUGGUUCACGCGCCAGCGCCGAAAGCCGACGCGGGAAAAAACGAGUCACCAGGCUCAUUCUCGUCGUUGUCGGUGUCUUUGCGGCUUGUUGGUUCCCCAUACAGGUGAUAUUGGUGAUCAAGUCUGUGGAGAAGUUCCCGCUUACGCCGGCGACGUUAAUACUGCAGAUUACCAGUCACAUUCUCGCCUAUACCAACAGUUGUGUUAACCCCAUUCUUUACGCCUUCCUAAGUGACCACUUUCGCAAAUCCUUCCGGAAGAUCAUUUAUUGCAGGCCGCGACCGGAGCCAAUCAAUCGGCUGGGACCAGCGACGAGGACCACGAGAGCUGCCAGUACUGGCGAUAUUCUUUAGAUGUAAAUGCAGGAUGGCGGCACGGAUCGGCACGUCCUAGCACGGUUCUAUUUAAAACAGCGAAUGUCUAUUGUUCAUAUAGGAUAUUCGGUGUUUGAUGUCGCGUGAUAACUAACGAAGAUGUCAGGCAGUUUUUAAUCCUUCAAGCUCCUCCGCCAAAUGCGUGUGUGGUACACAGUAAACUUUUAUAUUCUCUCUAUUUCUUUACCGACGGAAUAAAAUGCCCGUAACUCGACGCGGACAUUAAGGGUAAACGUUCAGAAGGUGUAGACAGUAUGCGUCUAGCACGCAGAAGUAAUUGCAGACAUCCAAGUUGGAGUUGUACUUGUAUUCAAUUGUUGUAAUUGUUAUUAUUGAUGAUCCUCUUCCUACGAAUGGAUUUCGCAGGUUCGAAUUCGCAAUUACGUAUCGCCGAUAUUCGCCACGUGCGUGCGUGCGCGCGCGCGCGCGUGCAUGAUGCCCGCGACAGAGAGAGAGAGAGAGAGAGAGAGAGAGAGAGAGAGUGAUGUUAGGAAAUCUUUAAAUGUAAAACGCGCAAGCUCAUUUCCUGACGCUCGUCCGUUCAAGGCCGCUAACUCGAGAGGCUUGUAAGGCAAUUGUCAGGAAAUUACAGCCACGAGGAUUGUAAAGUGUAUCAAUAAAGAUAUUGAAAUAAUA